AGGACUGCAAUGACCACGCCUGUCACUUAUGUGAUCAUCCAUCACACUGCUGGGGCAGCUUGCUCAAGCCAGUCUUCAUGUAUAACUCAGGUCAAGAACAUUCAGAACUAUCACAUGAAUUCAAAUACCUGGUGUGACGUUGGAUACAGCUUCCUAGUUGGUGAGGAUGGAAAUGUAUAUGAGGGACGUGGCUGGACUUCCGUUGGUGCUCAUGCACCUAAUUACAACUCAGACUCCAUUGGAAUCAGUGUCAUGGGAACAUUCACUAACAUUAAUCCCAAUACUGCUGCUCAGAAUGCAGUUAAAAACCUCAUCAGUUGUGGAGUGACAAAAGGUUACAUUAAGUCAGCUUACAUUUUGAAAGGACAUCGUAAUGUGUCAGCAACUGAAUGCCCUGGGAACACAUUUUACAACACCAUAAAAACUUGGCCCCGCUUCCAAGCUUGAGAUACAUCUUCUUGUUUCGGCAACUAAUGUCUGAAAUCUAAUUUUUCAUGAGCUGUUGAACAAGAAUGUGGCCAUGA